CAUACCUUUAUUAAAUAAAUACAUCGUUUUGAUGGAAUGUCUUUGCGUUUUUAUUCCACAAUCGCGACUUGAAACCAUGCCAAAACCACAGAAAUCAGCGCCGCGUCAGCCAUUUCAAGCCGUGUUUACGUUUUGACGUCAUCGAUGUUUUCACCUAAUUAUGCAGGAAAAAUAUGCAUAUUCAAACUUCCCGCGCCGUGUUAUUUAUCGUCUGAUCCAAUCAAAAUUUGGAAUCCCCUUUAUUCGUCACUAAAUUUACAUAUAUCACGUGGUUAGCCGCCAAAACGAUGGGAAAUAAACACGGGCGAAUGGCCGCCGUCAGUUCAACAGAACAGCCGCUCUUUUUGGAUGAAUUACAGCCAAACGCAAAAUGUACCGGUAGGCCUACUGACCUGAAAUACAAGUACCCUGUCCUUGCCUGAAAAAAAGAUUACACUCAGCAUGUACGCCAGGCUGCCAAAGUCAGUGAUACUCGGGGCAGGGUAUUCAGUAUUGCUGGAAAAGCUCCCAGAACACCCCCACUUUAACUUCAACUAUCUUAAAGAUGAUUCACAAAGCAUAAACAAUAAAGUCUGGCAGUUCCUGCAGGUGGAGGAAGAAACUGGGCUGUCCAACAGAGACUCCCUCUCACUUUAUUUCACCGCUAAAGGGCUGGAGGGAUUUGAGGAAUCUGCUACAGCAUAUCUCUAUUGGACACCAGUCAAGCUUCUCUUCCGCACACUUCAUCACCUUAAUCUUAUCCCUAGAACAAAAUCAGAACUACAGUUACACGCCAAAUUGAAAAAAAUAGAAACUAAAUUCCUGACACUACAAAAAAAUUAUAAUGCUCGUUGUUGCAGAGGUGGUGAAAAGCAAAAAAAACUUUUAGAAGAAUUCCUUUCAAGGCCGUUUCAAAUGCAGUCAGUUGCAUCUCCUGCUGUACCCUCUGCUGCUCCUCCCGGUACUGUAACUGUUUCUUCUCCUGCUCUAUCUCCUCCAAGGACAAUCUCUACAGUUAUCUCGCCUCUUAUAAAAACUCCAAGAGCUGCUUCUCCUUACAGUGGUGGCCUUCGGAGUGUAGAGACUGGUGUUCAGGUUAAUAGUCCUCAGAUUAAGACAACUCCUGCUAUACGUAGAAGCCUAACUGCAACCAAGAGGGAACUCUUCAAGGUUCAGUCUUCCGUUGGUCGCAAAGCAGAUGAACUUUCGAGGCAGGCUGAAAAACAUGAACAUUUGAAAUUUAAGAUAAGACAAAAGGAGAACAAAAUCAUUGAACUGAACAAUAAAUGUAAACAGGUUGUGAACUCUGCAGAUGGUAAACGGGUGAAGGCAUUAGAAAAAGAAGUAGGACAAUUGAAGAAUCAGAUCAAGGAGCUUAAGGCUACAGUUGAGGGUUUGCUUGACAAUGAAAACCAAAUGGCGGAGUCGCUUGUCUCCGCUACCAACAGAUAUGUUGACUCUGAAAAGCGUGUUCGUGCAGUUAGAGCAGGAAAACGUAGGGCUACACAGAAGCUCUCGGACAUUCGUAGACAUAUUCUUGCCAUCUGUUCAAACCUAAAAACUGGCUCUGGAGAUGUCAUGGUCAUGGAUCUUUGUGCAAGCCUACAGCAGAUGCCUGACAUUGAUAAAAACACAUCAGCAACUUUAAAAGAAAUUGUAUCUGGUUUGACUGCCCCUCUUCCCACAAAAGAGAAGGGGGCAUUCAAGGAACAUAUUGCAGUGUUGGCAAUGCAGUUGCAGUUGUUAGGAGUCCCUCAAAAUACAGUGGGGGAGGUAAUGAAUGAAUGCUCAAAAAGACUCUAUAACCGCUGUUUGAGUGAUAGUGUUUCAGCUAGGACAGCUGGCAGGAUGAUUCGACAAGGAGGUAUUUUAUCAGAUGCUCAAUUAGCGUUGGCGCUCUCAGAUACUUCCUCCAGAGGACUUCGUGUGGGACAGGACACUACAACUCGUGGAGGGGUCGAACAUGUUGCGACAGCGUGGGCCGGAAGAAGUGAGAAUAAUGAAGUAUUCAAUAUGCAGAGCCGUGUCGCAUGGUUGCCCAAUCACAUAGCAGAAACACAGCUUGAACACAUAAAAUGUGUUGUUGAGAAGUCCAAUGAUCUGCUAAAAACUUUAGACUUGGAACCACAAACAAAGGCAUCUCUAGCCUAUGUUGUGGACUUCAUGGGUGACCAUGUCAAUUCCAAAUUAGUCAGAUUGUUGAGGGAGAAGCAUUUGUCUGAUCUUGAAGAACUUGUUGAGAAUGGAGAACUGACUGAUAGUGAUAGGGAGGUUUUUUCUGAACUCUUCUACAGUGCUUGCCAGAUGCAUUCUGGCGCUAAAGUUUCAAGGUCGUUCUAUGAAGGAAUGCGAGCAAUUGAGCCCCCUGAUUUAGCUAAAACCUUUGGCAAAUACGGAAUACGGCGAGGGGCUGGAAGUACGUUUGAUUCACUAGGUGCUCGAGUUGUUGAAUUUGCCAGUACUCAGUUUUCACCAGAUCAGUCCAAUACAGCUGAUUUUAACUGGUCUGGUGUAUUUCCUGGAUGGUGUGAUGAACAUGGACAUUCUUACAUCAAGCUAGAUUUCGUGAAUAAAAACCGCCACUAUCGCCAUGAGCAUAAUUCCGGUCGGCUUAUUGAAUUAACAGACAGUAUCCUACACUUUUACCAGGACCAGCUGUCCACAAGGGACGACGGUUUGACCUUGAGGAACAAGGACCAAUUGGUGUUUGAAUGCCUCCAAAAUGAUGAGGUCAAAUCUCAGCUUACAGCUGCAGAUUCACUUGAUGCCAUGUUUUUUAAGCCAUUUAUGGCUAUGUUAAAAGCUGAGGAGACUGACGUAAUCACUGUCGGCCCAUACAUUCGUAAAGCUUAUGAAUUUUUGCAUCAAGCUGGCAAUGAGGAAGAAUUUGCCAGAUCUAUGCUCUCUGGAAUGUCGCUUUUGUAUGAAGGAGAACAUCUCCGACGUGAUGGCAAAGAUUUCAGGAAAAAGCCUGUUGGUGUUUCUGUGUAUGGUGACGGUAUUCUCGAACGAUCAGUAGCAUAUCUAAUGGCAGGGUGCCAGACUGCAGCCAAAGGUUUGCGUAAAAUUUCUAGUGAAUAUUUUGAUGGAGGACAUUAUUUUAAACCCUCUGUCAAACAGUCAGUGUUACUUUCUGGGUUUGAUGCACACAGCGACCGAUUGGAAAGUAACCUUGGUCAGUUUAGCCAACAGAGAUCCAGAAUGCCUCAUGCUCGUGUUCAGACAAUUACUAGCCAUGUUUCCAUGCGUGCAAAUAAAACUGUCGCGGCCAUAGGAAGGGAUGAAAGACUAAUGUCAUGUUUGCCUAAAGUGAGGAAGGAAACUUGAGCGAAAAGAAUCUGAAGUGACUGUUAGACAACAGCUGACAUCUCUGUCUCAUGCCAAUAAGGCUCACCGUAAUACGCUAAGAAAAGCAUUGGAGACCAGACAAAAUACUAGGUUGGCAAGGCGUACCAAACUCAAAACUCAAGUACAAAGGGAUGGAAUGUGUUGCAAUUCUAAGGAUGUUGAUGCUCUUUGUACUAAGUAUAGGAGAAAGGUAGCUCAGCGCAAUGUGUUGAGACAGCACAUAACGUUUUUCAAGAAUAGGCAUAAGGAUGUGAUUGUCCCAGAGCAUCAAUAUCUGUUCAGGUUUUCAAAAAAUAAGCUCCAGCUGGACAAUGCUGGGUUGGUAAAAAACCUCAAACGGAUUGUGGCUGAAUACGAAAUAGCAGGGACGGUGGAAAAUUCAACUGAUAAUCCUGCUGUAGGCCAACACACAGCACCAGAGCACACUUACCGCUCAGUUCAGGAUGUUCAGGCAAUGGAGCCAGACACUGCAUCUCUGAACACUGCACCUGCAAAGAAAAAGAAAAAAAGUCGAAAAGAAUUCCAAAUCAAACCGUUCAAUUUUACAGAAACUGAUAAGUGGGUUGUGAUCCUUUUUGAGGAUCGAUGGUAUCCUGGCCGCAUUGACAAAAUAAUAGAUGAAAAUAAUGCUGAAGUGACUUACCUGAAACCUCUGAAGGAAAGCCUUGACUGCCAACAUUUCAUGUGGCCAGAUGCCGCAGCGCCAGAAGUCUAUCGCACUAAUUCAAAGGCAGUCAUAUAUUCUGAUUUUUCAAUUCGCAGUGUUGGCAACCCUGUUAGAUAUUUCACGCUCAGCAAAUUCAAGGAAAUUACAAAAGUUUAUAAUAAACUUUUGUAACUCUUUCAAUUUGCUGGAUGUUAUUCAUGUAGAUGAAUUGUAACCCAGAAAACUGUAACAAAUACAUGUAUAUUCUGGUUUUCCCAUGAUACUUCUUUUAUUAGAUUAAGGGUUGGCUGUAGGCACCACCAUUUUCGCUAGAAUGUGCAAUC